UAAAGGUCCCCAAACGUGUAACAUAUGUCAUAGUUUUUAGGUUAAGUUUUCGUAAACAAUAUUUUUCUUUUUUGAGGUGAAAUUGCACGCUUUAUAUUUGUAGAAAUGUCUGCAACAUUUAAAAAUGCAAAGAAAAAGCUUGGACAGACGGAGCUUCGCCGUCUUAUGAAAGAACAUAAGGGCAAAAUUCAGAAAGAUGUCAAAAAAAUUGAAUCACCCCUUGCAAAGUAUAAUGAUUUAGGUCAACUCACCUGUAUUUUAUGUAAGUCUGUUGUUAAGUCCGAGAAUGUGUGGAGUGUACACAUUAAUUCAAAACAGCAUCGCGAAAAUGUAGAAUUAGCCAAAAAAUUGAAAGAAAGAACAAACAAUUUUACUACUCCUUUAAAAAGACCGUUAACGCCGCCUAUGGAAGUGCCCGAAAAGAAGUUGAAGGGGAUUUUGAAAAAUGCAAAUACUACUAGUAAAAAUGAAGAUGCUGCACCUACUAAUGACAAAACAGAUUUACCUGAUGACUUCUUCGACUCUAAGCUGAAGCUGGGACCCCCAAUUUUACCCGUCCAAAAACCCACCAGUAAUAUGAUGGAAGUUGAUCAUGACCCAUUGAAAGAAGCUACAGAAACAUUACCUGAAGGAUUCUUCGAUGAUCCAAAAUUGGAUGCAAAAGCUAGGAAUCAAGAGUAUAAGGAUCCUAAAGAGGAAGAAUGGGAGAAAUUCUUGAAAGAAAUACGUGAAGCUGAUAAUAAGAGUGCUGCUAUUAUUGCAGAGGACCAAGAGGAAGCUACAAAUGAAAGGCAGAUUGACGAUAUUGAGGAACAAAUGAAGAAAUUAUCUAGAGUUUUAGAUUUGGAAAAGAAAAAGGAAACCAUAAAAUCUGUUUCAAUUAAUAGUAACGCCAUGGAUGCAGAUGAGGAAUCAAAUGAAGAAGAUAAUGAAGAUUUUGAUGAAUACUUAGACUGGAGAUCAAAGAAUGCUUUUAAUUAGGAGAUAUGUACAUAACUAUAAAUUUUUGUAUAUUUUUAAAAAAAUUGUUACAUAAACUGUAUUACAUCGAAAUUUAAAAGGAAA